AUCACAUGAUAGAAAUGAACAUCACGACGUGGAAGGAUUGAUACAUGAUACAUUGAUGGCAUCACAUCACUAUGGUGAAUUUCAUGAAAAUACUAGUAGUUUUGGUACUAAAUCUGAUGAAGUUCCUAGAGGACAAACACAACACCCUCAGACUCACUUUGAUGAAAGCACCGAGAAGUUUUUUAACCUCUUAAAGCAUGCUGAGUGUGAGUUAUUUCCUGGAUGCAAAACCUUCACUACAUUAUCUUUUAUAGUGCGAUUGUUGCAUGUGAAGUCUCUUUGUCGCUGGAGUAACAAUUCGUUCACAAUGUUGAUGGAAGUUUUGAAUGAGGCGUUUCAGCUUAAUGAGAUAUUCCCAAAAUCUUAUAGAGAAGCCUGGAACAUAAUUAAAGAGUUGGGUCUUAAGUAUAUAAAAAGAUUCAUGCAUGCCCUAACGAUUGCAUGUUGUAUUGGAAAGAAACGGAGAAGGACAAGGUUUGUAAACAUUGCCAGACUUCUAGGUACAAGUCAUUUGAGGAUCAGGAUGACUGUUCAGCUAAAAAGGAAAAUAGAAUUCCAGCAAAAGUUGUUCGUUAUUUUCCAUUAAAACCUAGGCUCCAGAAGUUGUUCGGGGGAUGUUUUUCCAUUUUAUGGUAUUUUGAAGGAUAUAAUAGAAGUGAGGUACACCAAUAAUUUAAAAUUUAUGUUGUUCAAAUGUGAUUGGGUUGACUAUAAUUUAGGAUUGAAACAUGAUGAGUUUAAUUUCACUUUGGUCAACUUUGCUCAUUUACUAUAUAGAGGAAAUAGGAAUAUAGAUGAGCCAUUUAUUUUGGCAUCUCAAGCUCAACAAGCAUGGUAUAUUCAAGAUCCCAUUGAUCCAGAUUGGCAUGUAGCUUUGAAGAUGACUCCUCGAGCUAUAUUUAAUGUUGAUCCAGAGGUUAAUGAAUUUGAAAGCUUUGAAGAUGAGCAUGUUUCCCGUCAACAAGAUGAAACAACUAUUAACAAUGAAAGUAUAUCAUGGGUUGGAGCAAAUGUUGAUAGUGUGAUAGUUGUUGAUCCUACUAGUGAAGAUAAUGUUGAUAAUUUGGAUGAUGAAGAUGAAGAUGAUGAAGAUGAUUACUUUUCCAGUGAUAAUUCUGAUUCAAAUGAUGAUGAUGAUGACUUCUUUGAAGAUAAGAUGCCAUCAGAUGAGAAUGAAAAUGAUUAGGUAAUUCACUAUGCAGUAAAUUUAAUUUCUUAUGUUUUGAAUUUUGACAUUAUAGGUUCAGCUUUGGAUUAAACCAGGUACUGAAAAUAUGUGCUGAAUAUAGGUCAUUUAUGUUGGUUAUUCUUGAACAUAAAGAGUGGAUUUGUAUGGUGUUUAGUGCACACAUGCUAUUAUAGAAUUUAUUGUUAUAAGACUA